GUAGCUAGCCGAGUUCAACGCGAGACGGAUUAGGAGCUCACUGAGAUGUUACAAAUCCUUUCUUGCAUCCUCCUCUGCUCGCUAGCCAGCGGGCAGACUAUCUCCACCUCUCUCCCGUUGGGUCCCACCCCGGUGCCCUACCCUGGUAUCACCCCAGGCCUAACCCCCAUACCGCCGGUGGCACCCACUGUCUUCCCGUUCGGCCCCACUCCGCGUGUCCCUGUAGUCCCUGGGGUUCCUGGUGUCCCUGGAGUUCCGGGAUACAACCCGUAUUACAACCCGGCUGCGGCGCCUGCUGUGCCUAUUCUGACGUAUAGCAACGAACAUGGCGCUGAUGGCAGCUAUUCUUACAGUUUUUCCACUGCUGAUGGAAAACAAGUUCAAGAAACAGGGUACCUGAAAGACGCUUACAUUGACAACGCAGGAGAACCCCAGGGAACGCAGGUGGUGCAAGGCAGCUACGCGUACGUCGCGCCGGACGGCACGCCGAUCCAAGUCAGCUACAUCGCCGAUGAAAAUGGAUUCAGACCUUCAGGAGUCCACAUUCCCGCAGAUGGCAAAAGCGUGUUACCAGCACCCGUGCUAGACAAGGACGGGAAACCAAUCUUCGACCGAGCUUUCAACAACCCCUACAGCCCCUUAAACCGCUUUGAGGGCCGCUACAAUGCGUACCCCUAUGAUCCUAGGUACCCUUAUAACCCAGCUACCUACAAUGCUUACAACCCUUACCGGCCGGUCCUUGAGUGCACCAUAAAAUAUGCUAAAUUACUCGUGAUCCUCGUCUUGGUAGUGGCCGCAGCCAACGCUGACGUCAGCAGUUUCCAGACCUACCAGGACCCUCAGUACACGACGCCCAUCCCGAUCAUCCGGCAAGAGCAGGUCAUCAACCCCGACGGAUCUUAUAAAUGGAGUUAUGAGACCGGCAACGGAAUCGCAGCUGAAGAACAGGGGUAUGUGAAGAACCUAGGAGUCCCGGACCAGGAGGCGCAGACGGCGCAAGGACAAUACCAGUACACUGCUCCUGAUGGCCAGGUUAUCCAGCUAACCUACAUCGCUGACGAGAACGGCUUCCAACCUCAAGGGGCUCACCUGCCGACUCCACCCCCCAUCCCCGCCGACAUCCAGAAGGCUCUGGAUUACCUCGCCACGCUGCCGCCCCAGCAGGACAAUAACAACAGGAACUACAGACCUCAAUAAGACAUGACUUGUGAUUAGAGAAACAAAGGAUGACUAGUAGAAUGGAAUGGAAGUGAUCGAUAUGUCUGCCUCUAUGGGGAAAAAGGCUAUUACAGAACCGGUGAACUCCAUUUUAGACUCAAGCGUGACGUCCAUUAGGCUGGCCGAGUCGAGCCUCGUUAAUUCGCUUUCUGCAUUUCUUAUGAGACUGCGUCCAUUUAUGCGGAAUCGAGCCGCGUCGAAUCGCAUUCAAAAUGUAUGAGGACUCGGGCGGCGCGAUUCCGUCAUAGUGGACAUCAGGCUUCACUUUUCGCUUUCAUUAAAAAAUGGGCCACGUGACACAUUCUACAGAAAAUGAUAUGAAAUAAAAUACAUCGAUGUGCUUCUUUCCGUUCUAGCAUGAGUCGUCCUUAAAUUCCUUUAGUAGUCUUCUGCGGUCGAGGAUUUACAUUACCUUCCACGGCCGUUCCCAAUAUGAGGCAAUUAAUAUGUAGGUAAUAAAAGGCUUAUAGAAUUAUUCUAGCUGUUAUAAAUAAUAUUAUCAUUGU